AUAAUUUCAAUGGAGGAGGAGUACAUAGACGGAUUGCUUGAAAUUCUUCAGAGGGUGGAAGAUAUUCGGGGAGGAGAGCUGUUGCGAAUCGUGAGGCUGAAGGCUGAUCUACAGUAUCUGAGAAGAAGGGGGCUGCUCAAGGCGUCCGGCGGCAGUGGCGGCGGCAACGGCGGUGAACCAUCGCAUCAAGGACGCAAAUGCGCGCGAUGCGGCGCGCCGUUCGGUAGACUUUACAACACCGGUGCGACCUGCACACGUUGCAGACACCGCGUGUGCCGGCAGUGUCGCAUCGAGAUCAGAAACCACGCAGGAGGUGACAAAGAAGUCGAGUGGACCUGCAACAUUUGCAACAAGAUCGCAGAAUUACACGUCGUUACCGGCAAAUGGAUGUACGAAAGUUCGAUUUCCAGCGAAUCCGUCAGCGAGAAAACAGCGACCCCGGUGGACAUACUAAAUCGCAGCAUCCGACGAGCGUGGACGAUUAAUGGUCCUCCGGCACGUUGGUUAGCUGCGAGAAAGUCUCCGGAAUUGCGUAUAUAUCGCAGCCUGCCAUCCCGCCAUCAGGAUUAUCGAGAACCAUUGGAGGAUUCGGGCUUCGACGAUAAAAUAUUAUCGAAGCUUGAGAAUUCGCGAGAGAACAGCUUGGACGUGAAAGAUGUCGCUGAAAACACCGAUGACAACUGCAAAAAUGUAAUUAAAGCGAUCGAGAAGAGUACGUCGAUUAACGAACGAACGAAGCGAGAAAAAUCGAAAUCAGAGGAGGAAGUGCCAUCAUCGGAUACUAUAAGAUCUUUUAGUAAAAGGAGUGAGCGCUCGGGUAAGGAACAGGAGGACCCUGUGCAGGAGCAUAGCACGCCAAGAGUGUCACUUAUAAAACCGCCGAGGAUUCUCACCAAGUUCAUAUCACCCGAGACGAAACCGAGUCCGAAGCAUGGCGAGAGAAGAUCGAAUAUUCCCAUUUUUAAAAGGAGCUCCAAGGAGUUCGAGGAUAUUCGGAGUCCACAAGAGUCACCCAAACGAUCGCUUAUUCCUCAGAGGUACAGAGGAAGCACCGACGAUUUACGUCGCAGUCGCGAAGAUAUAAGCGUGCCGAGUUUAAUCCCGAAAUUGCUAUCUCCUCGUGGCAAGGAAGAGCGAUUGAAGCGGCAAGACAGCAAGGACGACAUCCGUCAUUCAUCGAGAUCUAUGCGAAAGGAUUUUAAGGAGGAGGCAAAAUCUCCGUCGCUCGUCAUCUCACCAACAUUCGCCAGUAAAGACGAAACUUGCAAGUCGGGAAUAAGAAUCUUUCGCCGUGAUAAUAGUCGGGAGGACGUGGGCAGGGAUAACGUGAAUUCGAUCAAAGAAUCCGCGAAAGGAAAGCAGCAGGAUAAGCAAGAAAUAACGGAGGUUGUAGGCGGCGCAGUGAAAUCGAAAGCCGCCGGCGAACAGAGCAGGAUAAGGUGCGAGGACGGCAAGGACAACGUCAACGACGCCGAAGAAUCGUCGUCGAAGAGAGAGGAAGCAGUCGCCUCGAUUGAACAAGAUCCGACAGUAUUGGACGUGCAAUCGGACGAGAAGGUUGAUACGGAACACCAGGAUGCGAGAAUGAUCGACGUGAUCAUCGCGGAGAAUAGGACGCAGGACGAACGAAUACGGGAGCGGGACAUGAUGGUCUUAGGCAACGAGGCGAUAGACGAGAAGCAUUUGUUGGCGACCCGAGAACCGGUUGAAUCCAUCACGGAGAACGAUAAAGGGCAGGACAACGACGAGGAAGAGACGCGGGACACCGCCGAACGAUUAUUGGACGUCGGCAGCGACGGUGACGUCACUGGGAUCGAUGAAAGAAAGGGCUCGCUGGAGAUCGGUUAUGGAAAGAGGCCGGACGAGUUCCAAGUGAUACGACGAAAGUUCUCCAAAGAAGAAUUCUCAAAUCCGGAUGACACCGAUGAUACUCCGAAUAAGCGUUGUUCAAGCGUAAGUUUAAUUAUAUUAAAGACCAGGAGAGAAUCUAAUAGUAGCACCAGAUAUGAAAGUAGUGGUAGCGAAAGCGUCAGAUUAAGCGAGACCGGUUUGCACGGAUAUGCAGAACUGGCCAGGAAAGUGAAGUUCUUCGGAGGAAACAGCAGUGGCACGAUUUCGUCAACGAUUGGCGGUGACGAAGUUGUGCAACGUGAUAGUGCAACCAGUGCAGGGGAGGAUGAAAUCAAUGAAGAUGGUCACGAUAGAGCAGGCCCAGUUCCUUCUCAGGGAAGGACAAUGCUGCGACGAAGGAGGCAGUUCGAUGCUCAAGGUUCGCGGCGACGCGGGAGAUCGCACGCGAGAGCUUGCUGCGGCGGCGAGGAUCUGCAGAGCCUGCAGACGUUGAAUCUAAUCGGACGCGGGGGUGGAAGCAGUCGGCAGCGCAGUCCUAAUCCCGCGCCAGGUGGCCCAGGUCAGGAUCAGCCAGCAUCCGUAGUGGACUAUAGACGGUUGGUCUUCAUCAGCUCGGAUUCAUCGUCGGGCCGCGAGGAGGACGACGCCGACAGUAGUUGCUCGAGCUCAUCCUACCUGAACGGAUUGCCGCGCAACGGAGGCCACCAUCAUCACCACGCACAGUCGCUCGAGGACUGCGACUGGGACUACUUCGAGAGCGGCUCCUUGCCGUUGCCGACGACGCCGAUCGUCAGCGUCGGCGCCGGUGUCAACAUCGCCGGUACAGCAGACGCCGUCGGUCAGGACGUGUGGAGUUGCUGUCCAGGACGUGGUUCCGCUGCUUGCCAGGCCUGCGGUGGUUCCCGAAGCGCGAACGUGCUUCCGGUACCGGUGCCCAUACCGGUCCCGGUCCCGUAUCCAGUGCCGAUACCGGCCGCUCUGUGGACCGGCGAUUUUGCAGCGGCUGCGUCAUCCAUGAUAAGUCGCAACGACGGUCAUGCCGAGUCGGGAACUUUGAGGCUACGAGGUGAUCCGGCGGCACCCUGGUUCGCCUGGCAUCCUCGAUUCAACCAGCCCCUUCAUGGUACGCGUCUGGAUCCACGGCUAGCUGGCACCUUCGAUCCAACUACUUGCACCUUCCGUACGCCGGAUCAAGUAUUGACUUCGAGACUGUACGUUCCGAUAACUGAGACAGUAACGGCUCCGCCAACGAAUCUCGAGUCACCGCAAAUAGGUCAGGACGUAAAAGAUGAAGCAAAAGUGGUGUUAAAGACUGAAGAAUUCAGGAAGGAAGAAAACUCAUCUGCGAAAGAUAUCAAUGAAUCUGGUUCCUCUGUCACGAAGAGUAAACAGAGACUAGAAGAAACGAAGAACAUCGAAGCAGAGUGCAAGAAGGGUGAUGAAGAGACGGAAGAAAUAGAAGAGAACGAAGAGGCCGCUUGUGAAGAUUCAUUGUCGUCGUCCUUUGAGAAAAGCGCGCAAGGAAUGUAUCAACAUUCGCGAGAGGACUCGGGCAGCUCGUCCGGGAGAUCCUCGGCGGACAGCAGCGAUCUGGAAGAGGAUUCUAGUUCGCAUAGAUUCUCCAGGGUGUUCGUAGUGAACGAUGACUCGCUUACUAGUGACAACGAUAUCGAAGACAAUGAGGAAGAUGAUUCGGAUUCUGCGGCGGAAGGUGGCGUGACCUUGAAACGCGUCACUGCGAUUCCUGAAGAAGAGCCGGUGGUAUUACAACAUGUAAGACACUUAAAUGAGGAUGUUCUCAUGGAUAAUGAACGAGAAACGAAUAAAAAUGAAUUGGAAGAAUCUAAAAGACAUUCCAAGUCUUAUAUCGUCGGCAACGAUCAGCCUAAAAGUGAUGAUAAGUUAUCGGAUGAAUCUGUUGCUAAUUUGACUGACAAACGAAAAUAUCGUAAUAGAAAAGAUGGAACUAAUAAUAAUAAUGUUAAGCGAUUUCCUCUUUUACUGCAACGUCGUUCGAAUCCUGAAGAACUCUAUUUAGCGGACGAUAAUGAUUGUUCUGAUAAUCGAAUUGAAUUAAAAUCCAUCAGGAUGCUCGAUCCCGAUAGUAUUGAUCUCCCAACGGCUGUUUUAAAAAUAAACGAAAAACCUAUUUCAAAAAUACAGGUCUACUCCGAAGAGGAAGCUGUCGAUGCAUCGAAGGAAACAUUGCAGAACGAUCUGAUCGAAAGUCCAAAGUCAUCUUCGAGCGAUGCUUGGGAUUCCACCAUUGUACCAGAUUCUCUCGAAGUUUCCUCCGAAAUUUCAGUUCCCGAAGAGACUGAUGCCAACUAUCAAGUUUCCGAUAACGAACAGAAUACACAAUUGAUCAUAAUGAACGAUUGCGACGAGCGAGGAGAUAAGCAACGUUUAUCAGAAGCAAAUCGUUCGACGAACAUCGACGUCAUUGCCGACGCGUCUGCCGACAGUUGCACUAGCAACGAGAGCAACACCACAGGCAGCGAGGUGAGCAGCGACGAGCUUCACGAGUACGAGGUGACUCCGGCCGAGUUAUCCUUCGAUUACAAUAACGAGGUCGCCGCGAUCAACAACGAAUUACUGUUUCAAAUCGGCAAGAGGAAAACGGAGGAUACGUCGAGAGGCAUCAAGGAGAACGGUUAUCAUCUCCGCGGUGAUCGUGAUGACAAAACAAAUCCGACGAUGACGAAGAACGGCGCCAAGCGGAGCGUGCAGUCUGACCAGAGACUGAUCAGCGGGCGGUCUUCAAUAGAGUCGAUGAUCGACGUGAAGGACGACAACGACGACGAUGAAGACGACGACGAAGGCUAUCGCUCCGUUACGUGUCGUCGCAGCGGUCAAGAUGGCGGGCCAGGAGACAACGACCCGACGGUGGCGGCGGGCGAGGAGCGCAUACGAGCCGACGUGGGCGAUGCGAUUUCCACCAGCAGGAUCCAGGAGAUGUUGAGAAGCGCGGAGGAGCAAGACGGUGACGGCAGCAAGGUGGACAUUGCGCAUGACGGCCCGGUGAGAGGCGAUAUCGCUCAGGUGGGAGGAAAUGGUGAUGGUAACAGUGGUAGUGGUAGUGGUGAAUGCCCCGAGGAGGGGGACGCGACACGGUUUCGCUCAGUCGAGCGACGCCCGUGCACUCGGCAGGAGAAUGGAUUCCCAGCUGACGGCCAAGCGUCGGCCAAGGACCUUAUCAGAGAUCCAGCCCAGCAUAACAACAGCGGUAACAAUACGAGUGGUAGUAAUAAAUAUAGAAGCCUCGUGAUGAUUACUCAGGAAGCGUCAUACCAACCGGUGAGCGUCGUCACGUCAGACACCACGACGUUGCUGCAACCAGAUGAGAUCCAUUCGACUGGAGGCCAGGGAGGUCUGGCCAGUUACUUUCAGCUGGCAUUGGAGGCGGUGAGCGAGCCACAGCUUCGUAAGAACGCUCCGCGCAAACCGCUGAUGGUGAAAAGACUACCAACCGCGGUCGCGGUCUCUGCCGUCGCGACGGGUCAUCAGUCAGCCGAGCCUGAAGUAGAUAGUGGGCUGAGUGUCGGUAGUGCUAGUGAAAGCGACGACGUGUCCGUGAAGAACGUGCCGAAACCACUCAAUUGUCGGCAGGAGAAUGCGGAUGACGUGUCAAAGGAUCGUUCCGUGACGGAUUACCGAGAGAACGCGAAUCUACGUGCCUCGUCGCAAUCCAGCGACGAUAAUUUGAAUACGAGCGGUGUUAUUAUACUCGAGGAAGGUCUAGCCGACGAUGAUUCUUGGGUGGAAGAAGUGUCGCAUGAUGAAGACGAACCGGGUGCGACUACUGCCACGGAAGAAAGUUCCGAAGAUGAAGCCAAUAAUUUCGGCGAUCGCGAAGAAGAACUCAGAGGUUAUCGCAGACAGGCGAUCGACUUCACUUUGCAUACCAUUGUCGAGGAAUCUUGCGAGGAAAGUGAAACGGAGCCGAGUCUGGCAGCCGGAAGUCCCUCUAAGAAACCAAGACCACCGUCCGCUUCAGAAUUGGAAAAAUAUUUCUUCUUCGGUUUGGGAGGUGAUGGAAAUAGUUCGAGUAUGGGCUCGCGCGAAGUCGACAGCUUGUCGGAAACUUCAUCGAUUCAUUCUGAAGGGCUAGAAUCGCUCGGCCAGGAUGAAACUAACGGUAGUGGUCAAAGUCAGGACAGAUUAAACAAUGGUGACAGUUUCCUGAGUUCCUCUAGACUGGAAAAAUACUAUUUAUCAGAAUUUCUCGGCUUUGAUCAGGAUAGAAGAGAUUCCGAUGGUUCGGUAGGAAGUGAUUCCGAAGGCCGACCUAGUCCAGAAGCGCAAAGAAGAAAAAAAUUAGUGCGUGCGAGAGGUACAGGCAGAUCUCACAGUUCUUCUCUGGAUAAUCUGUUGGCUCUCACGCAGAGCUCGCAAAAUCUGAGUUCGCAAAAUUCUCUUCAAGACCUGAGUCUUAAUCAGGACGCGCAAGAAACGCAGUCUGAAGGUUCUUCGACGGAAACUGAUGGUACAGAAGACGGCCAGACCGCAGUUUUUGGCACGGAUGGUCAGUUCGACACAGUGAAACGUAAGAAGAAAAAACCACGAAAUUUAGGAACUCAAAGUCCACGCGUGCCAGACGAUCGAAACAAGACGCCGGAACCCAGUAGAGAAAUGGCACUGAUGAGCGAAGUUGUAAUAGAAAACGAGAACGAGGCGAUGAACUCCGAGGAUUCGGACAGAGCAAAAACUCCGCAACCAGAGUCCAUUCUGUCUUCAUCCUCUUCGCCGUCCACUCUUACAAAUAGUAGUAAUACUCUGAACGUAGCCUCGUCCUCGCAAAUAGAUUCCUCGAGAAACUCGGUUUCGGUAAAUUCUAAUGACGGUCAACGAUCGAAGCAGCAAUCGCGAGACUCAGGCUUCGUCGGCAGUUGCGAUGAUCUUCUUCAACAUCAGAAAUUGCCAGACGAAAGUCAAACAAGUAAUAUUGAAGUUGAUCAAGAAAUCGGCAAAGAUCGCUCGCUGAAUAAGACCUCGGAGCAUUCUCAGAACGCGAACCAAAACAUUGUUAAGGAAGGAGCGAUUGGCAAGAACAACUUGACGAAACAUCCGGUGAAUCACGCGAGUCUGCCGCACCUGGCGAAUGCCUCGCUGUCACGCAAGGAUAGUUUCAAUAACUGGUCUAGCGACGAGGAGACGAAUCUCAUGAUGUCUAAGAUGCGACAGUUCUUCAAAACAAUGGUAGCCAACUCGAACGGCCAAGGAUCGGGCCAGGGACAAAACUCUACCAAUGCAAAUUCUAGCGGCGCCUCGCCGGCACCGAGUCCUCGACUGCCGGGUUACACUUCGAAAGCGCGACUUUGCGUCCAGAACCGCACUAAACCGCCGCAAUUGGUAUACUUUGAAAAUGAGCUAACGCGAUUGAUGAAAACGGUACCGGGAAUACGCGACGAACAAGUGCGAGAGAUAGUCGAGUAUCUCAGCUCGGAAGACACGUGGUCAGAUUCUUAUGACAGCUCAGAUUAUACUAGCUCCGAUCUCGAGGGCGCUGCCGGAGGCCGCCGAUCAGCCCUGCAAGAACAGAUCUCGCAGAGUUGCCAACAGAUCAUCAGCAAAUUUGACACCACUUCCACUGGUGGUGAUACGACUCUAUCGGAUAAAGAGAGAGAGCAGAUAAAAGGACCAGGUUCGGGUUCCACGAUGCAACCUGCGCCCUGUCUGGGCAGAGAUACCGCUUUUGUUUACCAGAAACUGGUGCAGAGCUUUACAAAAAUGGCUGGUGACGGCGUGAGCUCGGACGCCAAUUCCACGCCGCACAGCAGCCCGCCACUGAUCGCUAAAGUAAUGCAUCACAUUGGCAGUCGACUGGUAGCGCUAAUGCACGAGGUUUCGGAGGGAGGACCGGCAGCACAUCAUCAUUCCACCACCUGGCGACGAUAUUCUCAACACCACCGAACUCCAUCCUCUGCGUCCACCACUGAGGACGAUGACUCAACAUCCGAUUCCACCAAUGCGCCUUCAUCGGCGCACUUGCAGUUGCCGAGAUCGAAAUCUCACGAUCCUUUGUUAUUAAUCAACAGCCACCCAGCAGUCUCUACCGGUCAGGAAGGGGAAGAACGAGAGGCCAGCGAUUAUGAAAGAUUCUCCUGGCGCGGCAGUUUCGAGUCCGCACUGAUGGCCGCCGACUCGAGGACAAAAUUGAGCCUGUUAGCGUGUUCCGGUGAUGUUAGUGGUGGUGGCAGUGCUAGUGCAAGUGCGAGUGCCCUGGCCGCAAAGCGACGCAGCGCCGGCGAUUUGCUAUUCAAUCCGAAGAGCUUCUCCAGAGAGCAGCUCGACAGGGUGAGAAGUUGCGGCUCGAUCGGUGGCGGAAGCGGGAGCGGGACCGGCGGAGCUGGCGGCGGUUCCGUCGAAGAGAGAAUUUGGAGCAACCGGAGAAGAUCUUCUGUUCCUGACGCUAACACCAGAGGGGAAUCAGGUGCAUCGGCCGGCGACGAGGACACCGAAGACGAAUUGGAAUACGGCGGGGAAUCACGAGCGACGACUCUACCACGUGGCAUGCAAUCCGCCAUCAGUGCAGCCACCAAUUCUCUGCCGCGACUACCCGCAUCAAGCGCGCCGACCGGCCUGACGACGACGUCGUCAUCGUCGUCGUCGUCCGUCUCGCCUCAAAUUUGUUUCUGGAGUGUUGUUGCGGCUCUUGUUACGCAAAACAAAAAACAAGUUUCGAAUUCAAGAUCGAACGGUACAAACGAGAUGGAUAGAAAGAAAAAUCUAGAGCCUGAUGAUCUUAUCAUCGAAUCGGAAAUUCCACUGACUGAUCUUGUUAAAUCAAAAAGUGAUGAAGAACAUACAAUAGAAAAAAUUCCUUUAACAAAGCAUGACUAUGGAAUAUCGAAAGAUAAUGAGUUUCCAACAUCCAGUAUCAACAAGGAAGAAGCUUUAUUGGCAAAUCAUAAAGAUGAUUCUUCUCUCAAUGUCUUGGACUCGAAAAACAGAUCCUCGUCCGGAAUUCUGACCGGCGGAAUGAAGCGCGUAAUCGAGAAUCUACCAGUUCUUCCGAAAAAGGAGAAAAAGUCACCGUCGAUUAACGAUGAGAAGAAAGCGUCACACAGCGAUUCAGAGCUAGGAUAUGCGAGUAUCUUUGCCAAGUGCUCGAAGCAAUAUAAUGGGCAGCAAGAAAUAUCCACUCCUGAAUUAAUAUUAAACGAUGGAAGCAGUUUGUCGGAGGCAUGCAGCACGCCGAUUAUCGGAGCAGGAUCACGAGCAGGCUCUAGUCACACAGUCCUAGACAUGGACGACAUCGAUCCGGGCCAUCUCGCCACUCGCUCGUCACUGUCGAGUCUCGGAGCACGCUCGGACUCGAUGGCGUCGGUAUACAGCGGCGCGGGCGAGGGACGUUGCUGUCGAUCCGUGGUCGUCACAGGUGAGGUAGAAUUCGCCUUGCAAUACGAUUACAAGAAUCUGACGUUCGAAGUGCAUGUGACCAGGUGCAAAAAUCUCGCGCCCGUGGAUGUAAAGCGCAAACGGUCGGAUCCAUACGUCAAAGUAUAUUUGCUGCCGGAUAAAUCGAAGAGCGGUAAAAGAAAGACAAAAGUGAAGAAGCACACGUUAAAUCCAGAAUUCAACGAAACGCUAAAGUUCCAUAUGAGCCUGAGUGGCCUGGAGACGAGAACACUAUGGCUGACAGUUUGGCAUUCGGACAUGUUUGGCCGCAAUGAUUUCCUUGGUGAGGUGCGAAUGCCCCUGGAAAACAAGAUAUUUGACGAUCCGACGCCCCAUUGGUAUCCCCUUCAAGAGAGGACGGAGCCGUUCGAUGAUCCAGUCGCAUACAAGGGCGAAGUAAUCGUCGGCCUGAAAUUUGUUCCGCCGGAUCCGGCACAGCAAGAACGUGAUCGAGAAAAUGGCGCAGAACGUGGCAGUUCUAAAGCGAAAAAGAACUGGAGCCGCGGUGCGCUCCAUGUUCUCGUCAAGGAGGCCAGAAACCUGCAGACGCGUAGCAAAAACUCGGGCACUUGCGAUCCCUUCUGUAAAAGUUAUUUACUCCCUGACAAAGGCCGAUCCGGUAAACAGAAGACCGGUGUCGUUCGCAGAUCUGGCGGCUCGCCGGUUUGGGGCCACACGUUUAUCUACAAGGAUGUUAGUUUACAGGAAUUGGCAGAACGCGGAUUAGAAUUAACAGUUUGGGAUCAUGAUCGAAUCGCUAGCAACGAAUUCCUUGGCGGCGUUCGAUUUAAUCUCGGCACCGGAAAACAUUACGGGAAACCGGUGGAUUGGAUGGACGCAACCGGUCGCGAAUUGUCUCUUUGGCAGAACAUGCUCGAGAGACCAAAUUUUUGGGUCGAGGGCGCAGUAACAUUAAGGCCGAACUUGCACAAUCAUGGGAAGAACAAUGGUUCUUAAGAGCGGGAAACGCGAUAAUGUCGCAUACUCUUUCUAGUUAUCAUUUCCGAGAGAGGAAUGGUUUGGAAACGCUGAUGUAGUCCAAGUCGCUUGUAUAUAGCUCUAAAAGUGUCACGCUUACGACGGACAUAUUCUUAAAUAUUCGUGAGCAAAAGGAAUCAGUGCCUUCGGAAGCGACGUAAAUCGUUUGAUCUGAAUAGGCAUAGACAAAAAUUUCCUGCUUUCGGUCAGCCGUAAAAAUCGUCUAUUUUUUAGCUUGAAACUGAUCAAAUACGUCACUAUCGAUUCCGAGCUUCAUAUGUAUAACAAUUAUAUUAAAUUAUUUUGGGUUCCCUG